AACGACUCACUUCCGGAACGCUAUAUAUAUCAUACAACAGCGUGUUAUUCUAACAUCUGAUCGAGAUCUGCGGCAGCAAACAUGAACACUUUAGCACUGGUCAGCUUUGUUGGUCUCGUUGCAUUGAGCUCUGCAUCAAGAUGUUGUGCACCUCCACAGUUAGAGAGAAGCGAGUAUAUCGAGGGGAGAGAAAUGAUGGACGGGAAAAUGAUACCUGUCAAGGCUACAGCACGGACGGCUUAUGAUGCUACGAAUGAAAGAUUGAUGACUAAAUCAACAAUCACACGUGGACAGACAACAGAGACUAAACACAUUCUAAGUGAUUACAAACAAGGAUAUCAAUAUACUGUGGUAGAAGGUGCGUGUACCAAAUCGAGGCUUACUGGUCCAUUUCCCGCACAGUGCAUUCCAGAUAAUGCCUCGAAGGGCAUACCCAUGUAUUUUGGAGCAGGUGACAAAAAGAUCUUGGCAACAGAUUACAUAGUAAAAGACGCAGAUAUGAUAUCGUCUUUGUUGGUCACAGAGAAUUGUACACCGUUCUCUAAUACCACGACCUGUACAAGCGGAAAAACUCCAUACGUCGUGGCUAUUGCAUAUAAUGGAACCACACUUGGUAUUGCUGAUCCUGCCGUCUUCGAUAUCCCCCCAUCUUGUUCGCAUGAACACAGAGUCCCAGAUGUACAAGAAAAAUUGAAUUCUCAAGUCUGCUGCGUUCCUAAACAGUUCGAGUCACCAGGUGGUGCGUUGGGUUUAAUUGACGUGAACGGCAAAGCAUUGAAGCAAACUAUUUCCAUGAUGACCUCCUAUGAUUCCAUCAACAAGAAGACUGUGACAAAGUCAACCACCAUUGUUGAGAAUUAUCCGCCGACAAUCACAGUAGAGUUGAAGGACUAUGCUGCUGGGAAGCAGUACGAAGUCAAAAACGGGGUUUGUACCAAGGGUCCGCUGACCACUACUUUCCCAGACCAGUGCACGCCAGCCAACGCCACAUACUCGCCCAUCGUCAUGGGAACUGGUCCACACGCAGUAAAAGGAAGGAUUUAUAACUACAUGUAUAGUGGCAUCAAUAUGACAUUCAUCGUGACAGAAGAUUGCGUCCCUCUCACAGAAAUGCUGAACGGACACUCAGUCGCAAGUGUGGAAUAUUGGAUUGCCUUGGGCUACACUGGACUGACAACGGGAAUCAAAGACCCGUCGGUAUUCAACGUACCAGCCAGCUGCGGAGAUGAUAUGGAUCCUUUAGUACCUGUUGUGCAGCUUGGUUAGACACUAACCCAUCAACACAAACAUCGACAAACUUUAGAUGCCAGUAUAGCGAAACCGGUAUAACCACAGACAGCUCGAUCGUAAAAUGUGCGAGCCAACCAAAAUGUCUUUCUUAACAUAAAAAAAUAAUGACGAUAAAAUAAUUCACGCAGUUAAUUGUGGUUGUUCUUCAAUAAAAUUGAUAAUGUUUUCAGUUUGAUAUGUAACUUGUGUGUUUAAUGAUCUUUACCAUGCGCAUGUAUUAACGAAUUAGAACUAGUACUAGAAUACUCGAUAAAUGAACUGGUAACUGUAUGAAAUAUGUUUCAAAUGUAUAAUUUCAGAAUUUGGUUAUGUGAGUUAUAAAAAAUGUAUUUUUCAAACCUC